AUGUCCCAAGUAAUCCCACAAUCCUCCGAUCCCACGAUCCGCUAUCUCUCCACCACCCUGGCCUACGACCGCUGGUCGGCUGUGUACGACACAGACGGUAACUUCCUACAAGCAUUAGAUACCAUCGAGAUGAAGGUUCUGAUGCCGCGAAUGCUCAAGGUUCUAGAGAGUGACGUCUCACUCUACCCUCAACCGUGGACAUUGGUGGACUUGGGAUGCGGGACGGGAAGGAACACGGGGACUUUGCUGGAGGUACAGGGUGCCAAGUCAGUAAUUGGACUUGAUCUUAGUCCUGGCAUGCUCGGGGUGGCAAGAGAGCGACUGCAGAGUUUCAAUGCAAACGCCAAAUUGAAGCUCGAGGUAUAUGACAUGUUGCGGGAGUCAUCACCCCCCGAGUGUGCCAUCGGCGCGGAUGCCGUGGUGUCGACACUGGUCAUCGAACAUGUCCCUGCGGAUGUCUUCUUUGCCACAGUCGCCAAAAUCCUCAAGCCCGGUGGGAUCUUGCUGUUGACCAACAUGCACUCAGAAAUGGGUAGAAUCAGUCAAGCUGGCUUCAUCGAUCCCAAGACAGGGGAAAAGAUCCGUCCAACCAGUUACUCACACAGUGUGGCCGAACUCGAGGUUGCUGCUUCCAAAAAUGGAUUUGAAGUCCUCGGACAGAUUGAAGAGAGAGGGGUGGAUCAGUCGACGGUCGCAGUCCUUGGACAACGGUCGGAGAAAUGGGUCGGUAUAACAGUAUGGUUUGGAGGCAUCCUCAGAAAAGGUGCAUGA